GGCCUGCGGGGCAUUUGCGCCGUCCUCGCGGAGACGGGCAAGCCGCGCCAGCCUGGCCAAGACGCCCCGAUCGCCGGCCUCGGCUCCGAGGCCCUCGAGCGCGCGACCGCCAUGCGCCGGCCGCGCGGAAGCGUGGAGACCCAGCAGAGGGAGCUCCCCGACGCCCGCGGGCCCGAGAUCGCGCCCUGGGCCAAGCAGCUAGCAAUCGUGCGGACCGACGCCGCG